AUGGAUACUAUGGCUUCAUUCUCUUACAUGCUCUCUGAGAUCUGUCUGGGAUUCGUGCAGUUUGGCUUCGUUGCCAUCUACCUCUCGGAAUCCUUCAUCCGGGGCUUCAUGACUGCAGCAGGGCUCCAGAUCCUCAUCUCGGUGCUCAAAUAUGUCUUUGGCUUGACGAUCCCGGCCUACACUGGGCCCUUGGCCAUCGUCUAUACAUUUAUUGAUAUUUGCAAAAAUCUCCCCAAGACCAACGUGGCCUCCUUGAUCUUCGCCCUGAUCAGCACUGUGCUCCUUAUUAUUGUGAAAGAGCUCAACAUGAAAUACAUGAAGAAGAUCCGGGUGCCCAUCCCCAUGGAGAUUGUCAUAGUCAUAGUAGCUACCGCGGUCUCCGGCUGCUUGAACAUGCCUGAGAAAUACAACAUGCCAAUCGUUGGGAAGAUUAAGAUGGGCUUCCCAGUCCCCACACUCCCACUGGUGAGCAAGUGGAAAGAUAUGGUUGGCACAGCUUUUUCACUUGCCAUUGUGGGCUACGUGAUCAACCUGGCCAUGGGACGAACCCUAGGAACCAAACAUGGCUAUGACGUAGACCCCAACCAGGAAAUGCUUGCCCUGGGCUGCAGUAACUUCUUUGGAUCCUUUUUCAAAAUCCAUGUGAUCUGCUGUGCUCUGUCUGUAACCCUAGCUGUGGACGGGGCUGGAGGAAAAUCUCAGAUGGCAAGUUUCUUUGUAGCGCUGGUGGUUAUGAUAAUCAUGCUGGCUUUGGGAAUCUACCUCGACCCCCUUCCAAAGGCUGUGCUGGGAGCCCUGAUAGCAGUGAACCUGAAAAACUCCCUCAAGCAGCUGGCUGAUCCCUUCUACCUGUGGAAGAAAAGCAAGCUGGAUUGUUUGGUCUGGGUGGUGAGUUUCCUGUCGGCUUUCUUCUUGGGCCUGCCAUUCGGACUCGCUUUCGAAGUGGGAUUUUCUGUGUUGGUGGUGGUUUUCCACACUCAGUUUCGUAACGGCUCUGCCCUGGGUCAGGUAACUUCCACCGACAUUUACAAGAACCCCAAAACCUACAAUAAGGUCCAGGAACUUGAUGGGAUUAAAAUUGUGACCUACUGCUCCCCAUUGUACUUUGCCAACUCAGAGAUAUUCAGGGAGAAGGUUAUAGCGAAGACUGGGGUAGACCCCAGCAAAGUGUACUUAGCCAGGAAAAAAUACGUGAAACACCAGGAGAAGAAGGCGGCAUCACAAAAAACAACGAAGCUGCAAAAAUUGUUCUUCGGGAACAAGAAGACCUUGUCAGUGCAAGAGCUCCAGAAAGAUUUUGAAAGCACCUCUCCGACGGACACCAACAAUAAUCAAACGACUGCCAACGGCACCAGCAUCUCCUACAUCACAUUCCACCCCCCCGCAAACAAUGCCGGGCAGGUCAAUACCUCAAGUGAACAGGGCAGCAUCUCGAGUCAUCGGGGCAGCACUUGCAGUGUUAUCCCAGCUGCCAACGUUGACCUGAUGAUCACAGCACCGCCCUAUGUCAGCUUCCACACCAUUAUCCUGGACAUGAGUGGAGUGUGCUUCGUAGAUCUGAUGGGCACAAAAGCUCUGGGGAAGCUGUGUUCCAGCUACCAGAAGAUUGGGAUUAAAGUCUUCCUGGCAAAUGUGCAUGCCCAGGUGUACCAUGAUAUUAGCACAGGCGGAGUCUUCGAAGAAGGGGGCCUAGACCCAAGUCACAUCUUCUUGACCACCCAUGAUGCUGUUCUGUUUGCACUGGCAAAUGCCAAAGGAGUCUUCCGUCCUCCUGGUUUAGAAGAGAGACCAAGUCAGACGGAGCUCUCCAUCUAUGAUGAAUCUGUGGAUGAAAGCAGUUCAGAAUUCAAGAACUUGGAGGAGGAGAUGUUUGGAACCAUGUUCCGUUCGGAGGCCCAGACAGCGCUGUGAGUGUCUGGGGGAAUGUUAAAG